AUGGAGACGGUGCCGAUUUCGUCGGAUGCAUUUCUUCGAAUAUACGAAUGUAUUCUGGAAUGUGUGGAGGAUGAGUUCGGCAAGUUAAGAAAGAAAUUGACGGCGGCCGACUUGAAACGAAUCAACGUUAUCCACGGAAUACUGAACAAUCGCGGUUUACGCCUCUCGAGAAUUGGGUAA